GUAGAUGCGAUAUGUUGACACACAUGACCGAUGCGAUACAUACAUCGACGUGACAAAGAGUCAUAGCGAACGUUUAUUAGAAAUUGAGAGAGCAUAAGAAGUCGAGAACAAGCGAAAGUUUCAAGGGAAGGAGUUGAUAUUAUAUAUCUUGGGCUGAAACAAAACCGCUGCUCCGCGAAUCACGACGUUUCUCCUUUCUCGAUAUAUUAUAUUUUAAUACUUCGGAUAGAUCGGCAUCGGGGAGCUCCUUAUAAACAUCGGGCUACCACAUGUUAUGCAGUGGAAUAGGAUGAGAAGUAGUGCGGCGCACAUCGGUCUUUCAUUCUUAUCUGGUUCGUUCGAUAGCAUCUCGAGACACACAUUUGCGUACAUCGAAUCGUCCACAUAAUGUACAGUUCAACGAUAGUCAAAUACGAGGACAAUAAAAGCCAAAAGUUAACGCAGUCGGAAACGGAGGAUGGCAAAAAUUCGAUUCUCGAUCAACCGCCAAAAGAGAACAUACCGGCGGAACAACCAUUAAUUUGGCGCAAUAUUAUUGGUAUCCCUGCUCUCCAUGUCAUUGCGAUCUAUUUAUUUGUCACGCGAUAUAAUGAGGCAAAAUUUUGGACUUGGAUAUUUGAAAUAUCAUAUGGAGUCAUUGCUGGUUUUGGUAUAACGGCAGGCGCUCAUCGUUUUUGGGCACAUAGGAGUUAUAGCGCAAAACUACCACUCAAAAUUCUGCUCACUUGUUUGUACUGCAUGACGGGACAGACUCAUCUGACAAAAUGGAUUCGCGUCCAUCGAACGCAUCAUAGAUACACAGAUACAUCCGCGGAUCCGCAUAAUUCUAAUCGCGGCUUCUUCUUCUCGCAUGUCGGCUGGUUAAUGAUGAAACAUCAUCCGGCAGUUAAAGAAUAUGGGAAAAACGUGAAUAUGAGCGAUAUCGCCGCCGAUCCUGUGAUACGUUUUUUCGACAAAUAUUAUCCGCCGAUCAUGCUGUCGCUAUGCUUUGUUUUACCGAUUCUGAUACCUGUAUAUAUAUGGAAUGAAGCCUGGAUAAUAAGUAUAGGUGCUACGAUUUUCCGUCACAUAUAUACAUUAAAUGUGACUUUUUCUGUCAACAGUUUCGCUCAUUUAUACGGCACUCGACCGUAUAACAGAAAUCUUAAAGCAACAGAGAAUCCAACGGUAUCCAUCGUGACUUUUGGUGAAGGUUGGCACAAUUACCAUCAUUCCUUCCCGUGGGACUAUAAGGCCGCCGAGCUAGGUUCGUAUCGUCUCAAUCUGACGACCGCCUUUAUAGAUUUCAUGGCCUGGUUAGGAUUGGCGUACGAUCUGAAGACAUCGAAUUCCGAAAUGAUCGACAGUUUGUGCGCGAAAAAAGGUGACGGUACGGCCUCUCAAAACUGAACGCAAAGUAG